AUGACCACGUUGCUUGCUUUCUCGGGGACACUGAGGUUUUAUGGCCCUGGCUGGGCACCGGGUGGACACUGCGCCAGAGAAGGGUUGACUGCCCAGCGUGGGGUCGCAGCGUCCAGCGUGGACACUGGGCCUGGAAGGCCCAGUGCGUCCCCAGCUCCACAGCUCCCGGGUUCGCGUCCGGGCGCAGAGGCCCUGCCCGCGCCCGCAGCCUCCCAGAGCCUGGGGAAGGGACGCGGGGCCCUCUGCGCCUGGGGACACUCGGGACUCCUGGGGACAGCGGGCGCCUCAGGAGCCUUCGAAGGAUCCCCGCGUGCACGGCCUGCAUCUCCCCAGCGUAGCCCGCCGGCCGGGGGCUCGCUGUGCCCAGCUGCCCACCGGCUCCGAGGCCUAGGCCGGUCUGCCCAGGCUGUCGUGGAGAGCGGAGCCUCCCUCCCUGACCACUGGGGGAGACGGGCCUGUGCUGCGGGGGCUCUGGGCCGCUGCCUGUCCCCCACGCUGGCUGUGCGAAGAAGCCGUAUUUUUCUUCCUCCGCCGCCGCCGCCGCCGCCGCCUUUCCAGUGUCCAGGAAGCAGCACAGAGGAUGGAAGGAGUGAGAGAAGGAAGUGGAGCCCUAGCAGGCAGCUCAGCCUCCCUAACCUACCAGGCUGUCAUACUCCCACCUCAGCGCGGUCCGCGGCCUGGGCCAGGGGACCCAGGUCACCCACACCGCCACCCUGCAGCCCAGAUCGCCCCUGGCGAAGCUUCUGCCGAGCCUGCUCCUCAGUCUCCCAGCCCUAUGUGCAGGAGUACGACGUGGUCUGUCUGUUUACAGCGGCUUUAAUCAGGACAGCGACGUGCGCUGAGCUCUUUGGCCCCAGAGGACGCACUUUGAUCGGGGAAAGUCAAACAGAACCACAUCUCACACUCACUCAAGUGUGGGUCUGCCCACUGCCCACACUGGCACAGCCGCUGUGGUCCUGCCCUGGCCUUUCCGCCCAGGCAGAUUCACUUCAGCACAGGGACGCCAGUCAGGUCUUCCGCUGGUGGAUAGCCACGGCCUUGCGGCCCAAGGCGGAGCCUGGACACCGGCCAGCUGUUCCAAACGAACCAAAGGACGGUGGAGGAAGUUUGCAGGACCCCAUAACCGAAGAGUCUCCUGACCCAGAGAGAACCCUAAGAGAAACGACUUUCAGAUGUGGAGGGAAGGAAGCCUCCUAGCUGAGGCUGGGACCCCAGCCAUCCAGGUGCCAGGCCCACAGGCAGGUGAGGACCCCACCCAGCACCGGCGGCCGGAACUUGCUCUUCUGCCCCUCAUCCCCUACAUUUUACUACAAGGCGGCUGCUCUACAGGGCUACAGAGCACAGUGACCCUUGUGGAUCUGCCGUCGUUCCACAGACCUUCGGGCUCUUGGGAAGCAUACUCCUUUAGAGCUACUUUAUUUAAUACUAACAUCAGUGCUAACAGUGUUAUCAUUGUAAUAACACCAAAACCUGGGAAAUGUUUAAGAGUGUAAUAUUUGGUUCAAAGGGUUGCUGAAUUCUACAAGUGAGUUACUUAUAAUAUUGAAAUAUUUGGGGGAAUGACCCAGUAGAGAUGCUUGCAUUAUUCCAAUUUAAGAGUAUUUAUUUCAAUUUAAGAAUACUUUACAUAUGUAAAUAUAUGACUGAAUAAAACAGAACAGAGAAGAUGAGAUUGUCAGUAUCAUAAAGGUAUUCUCCCUAAGUGUAUGAUCUUUUUCCCCAAAUGUCAGAUCAAACUUAGUGCUUAAAUGUUAUUUAUUUUUAAUUAAUUCUUAAUUUUUAAUUACAUCCAAGGACCAAAAUAUAUAUAUUUC